AUGCUCACGGGCGUAGUGAAGAGACGGCUUGCUGCCAAUUGGUCCAGAAACUCCAGGCUCUUCAGCAGCUCUGCUCCGCGAGAAGCUGACUUCACUCAUGUGGUAAUCGGAGGCGGCGUAGUCGGCCUAGCCGUGGCGCGCGAGCUCGCCAUCUCGCAGCCUGGCGCCUCCACCCUGCUGCUGGAGCGGCACGGCGCCGUAGGCACAGAGACCUCGGCGCGCAACAGCGAGGUCAUCCACGCGGGCAUCUACUACGCGCCGGGGUCGCUCAAGACGCGGCUCUGCAUCGACGGCAAGACCAGGCUGUACGACUUCUGCGCGCGCCACGCCGUGCCGCACCGGCGCACCGGCAAGUGGAUCGUCGCGCAGACGCCCGCGCAGCGCGCCGCCCUGCAGCACAUCCACGACGUCUGCGCCGGCGACCUCGGCGUCCGCGUGCGCUGGGUCCCCGAGGACGAGCGCCGCCGCCGCGAGCCCGACGUCCGCGCCGAGGCGGGCGUGCUGGAGAGCCCGACUACCGGCAUCGUCGACUCGCAUUCGCUGAUGAUCACGCUGCUGGGCCACUUCGAGGACGCGGGCGGCACGCUGGCGCUCGGCAGUGCGGUUUCGGCGGUGACGCCCCUGGGCUCUUCGGGGUCCAGCAGGCCCGGGAGCGAGGGCUGGGAGGUGAGCGUGCGGGACGGCGAGACGGGCGAGGAGUCGACCAUCACGGCGGAGGUGCUGGUCAAUGCGGCUGGGCUGGGCGCCGUGGACAUUCACAACAUGAUCGUGCCCGAGGAGCGGAAGAAGCAGAUGUUCUACGCCAAGGGAAACUACUUUUCCUAUUCAGGAUCAAGCCCCAAGGUAAGCACAUUGGUCUAUCCUGCCCCUGAGCCGGGACUCGGCGGGCUUGGUACGCAUCUCACACUCGAUAUGGGAGGCCGCAUAAAGUUCGGCCCUGAUGUCGAGUGGGUCGACUCGCCGGACGAUCUGGCAGUGAAUACUGCGAGGUUACCGGAGGCGAUCCAGGAGAUAAAGAAGUAUCUGCCAGGGGUAGACGAGGCAAAUCUCACACCAGACUACGCCGGCAUCCGACCCAAACUUGGGAAGCUAGCGUCCGUUGCAGAUGGCAAGAAGCCAUUCAUGGAUUUCAUCAUCAGAAAAGAAGAAGGCUACGAAGGCUGGGUGAACCUCCUGGGCAUUGAGAGCCCUGGUCUCACGAGCAGUCUGGCAAUAGGCGAAAUGGUGAAGAAGCUCUUGUACACAUAG